AUGGACCAACGAGAGAAAGCUCCCUUCUUGGCCAGCUCCAGGGACAUGGAGGAAGCAGCGCAACAUGCUGACUCCACCCAGCCGCAACAACAACACCGCCGUGGCCUAAGGAGCACCGUUCGCAUCCUAGGAGCAACAACCUGCCUCCUCGUCUUCCUCCUCCACAUCCUCCUCCAAGUCCCGCUAACCACCACCAGCACCACCACCACCACCCUCCAGCCCCAUCACCACCAUGCCUCCAACCCCCCCCGAUCCAUCACCCACCCCACCAUCAAAAAGCGCAUCCCGGGCGAACACGUCGUCCUAGCCGACUGCCGCGACCGCAAAAACGUCGUCUCCUCCCAGAUGGCCUACUACGUCGGCGACCCCGGCCCCAUCCCCGGCGACGUCGCCAUAGUAGAGACACCCCCCGGUCAAACCGCCCUCUGGAUCAACACCGAGACCUCUGCCCUCUUCUACAACAGCAACGUCACCUUCACCGCCCGGCUCGGCCCCAAGGUAGGCGACGGGCAGUUUGCCGGGAUGGGUGACAACGGCUACGGGAAUUUUACUUGUUGGCAGAGGUUCAAGUUUGAUCUGUAUCGCUACAACAAUGAUACGAUUUGCACGGGGGUGUAUGCUUGUAAUCAUGAUACUAUGCCUGCGGUGUUGCCUACUCCCGGGGCGGGUUCGAGUCCGGGGGCGGGGGCCGGGGCGGCUCCGGAGGCGGCCCCAAGCGGCGGUCUCCCACAGGGAGCAAUGAUAGGGAUCAAUGUCGCCGGUGUCGGGUCAGUGCUUUUUGGGAUUGCGAUGGGGGUUUUUUGGUGGUACUGGCGGCGGACAAGACAGCGGCAGCAACAACAACAACAACAACAAGGGGACGAGUCGCCUGAGCCAAAGACGGAGAAUAAUGAAGCGUCACUUCCGCCGCCGACAUAUGCCUCGGCUGUUUUGCCUCAGUCGCCGGCUGCUGCGCCCAAGUUUGAGCUUGCGGCGGGGACGCUGUAUGAGAUGGAUGGGCAGUGGUACCGCGUGGAAAUGGCGACUGAUACUUCGAGGUAUGAGAUGGAUGCGCAGAGUGUCAAGAAAGGGGGUGGGGUUGCGAGUGAGGAGGUGGAAAAUGAGGAGAGGGAGAGUCCGACUAGUUCUGCGGAGGGGAGUAGUCUGUCAGCGAUGACGAGGGGUGAUACUGUGACUUCUGUCAACUCGCCGGUUUUGACGCCGGUGAAUGCCGAGGGGAGGGUUGUGUCGCCGCCUGUGGCCGGGAUGCCGGUGCCGGUGUUGGUUCCUAUUCCUGGGCCUGGGGCAGAUGAUAAUGCUGAGAGUGAGGCUCAUGGAAAGACUGGGUCUGGUUGA